AUGGGACGCAUUGAUGGCGAAUAUUUCACGGUAUCCACCACACUUGUAUGUGUAAAUCAUCAGCAACAAAAUCAACAAACAUCGUUGCCCUCAACAACACACAUGCAAAAAAUAAGACAGCAACAUCAACAUAUAAAUAGCAAUAACAAUAUAAACAAAGGCAACCAUCAACAAAUUCAUCACCAAUAUAAUCAUCAACCGCGUAUGGCUGCGGCGCAACAGGUCCAGUCACAAACACAUAUACGACAUCCGACACACCAUGCGCAUCCACAGCAGCAACAGCAACAGUUGCCUCAACAGCAGCAACAACAUGGGCAGUAUCGCAUGCCCAAUAUUAAUAACGUGAAUAUUAACAAACAGCCAAUAUCAAACAGCAACUCCCAAAAUCACAUACAACAUACGCAGCCGCAGCCACAACCGCAACCGCAAUACUACACAGGCAAUAAACCAAGAUUUAACAAUAAUAAUGCAAAUAAUUAUACUGGUCAGAAACAGUUUUCACAAAAUCAAUAUCGCUUUGGAAAACAACGGUCCCAAAUGGCAUCUACAUCUGCUGAGGCUCCGCUGGGCGUUGCCAAAAUGCCAAAUAAAAAACCAGAUAUUCCAAGUACUGUAAAUAACAAUAACAAUAUUAUUAUCACCCCAGAUGCAACAUCCUCUACUGCAGUUGUAGACUGCAGUGAAACUCCAAACACAGCAGAAGAUCUGCAAAAGACGCAAGAAAAAAUCAUAGUUGAGGAACCACAACAACAACAACCAACACAACAACAAUCGCCGCCGCCACCUACAGAUAAUUCAGAUGAGUCUAAUAAAGAAAAUAUUUCCCUCGAAGGAAAUCAAGAGCCUCAAAAUAACAACAACAUCAACUUUACUAAUAACAAUCAUUCCAACAAUAAUAUUAUAAAUUCCAACAACAUCAAUAUACUUUCAGAUGAUGAUACAUCUCCUGCAAAGAAUUCAAAAGAAAAAACACCUAUGUGUUUAGUUAAUGAGUUGGCUAGAUUUAAUAAAUUACUACUCGCAGCUGCGUGCGCUUUUUGUCAUAUCUCUGCGACGGCGGCGACAAGUUGGAAGGACAAUGGUUAUGGACGAAACAAUGGAGAAAUUAUGGUACAACAGAAACAACUGCAACAACUAAAACAAGAGAACCGUAAUAAUGUGCAACAGCUAAAUGAACAAUGGGGGUCUUCAUUGCAACAGCAGGAACAGCAAGAACAGCAGCAGCAACAACAACGACAACAACUACAAUUACAGCAACCAGAAAAAGAACAGCAAAUUAAAGAGCAGUACCACUAUGACGAACAUGCUGAUCCCUAUGAUUUAGCCAAUUUAUGGCGUCUGCGGCAGAUAUAUGAAUAUUUUAACAACGAACUUGGCAACAACAUAAACAAAUAUAACUAUGAACACCAACGAUUACAACAACUACAGCACCAGCAGCAGCAACAGCAACAGCAACACGUUGAUGACGACAACUACGGCAACAAUAUAAAUAGUAACGGAAAUCCCAGUAGUGGCAGCAGCAAUAACAACAAAGAUGGCAUCGACAAUGACAGCAACAGCGACAAUGUAUAUAACGAAUGCAAUUACAGCAACAACAUAGGUAAACAUACACAAAACACUCCCAUUUGCGCGAGGAACGGUGUUAUAGUCCGUACGGCAAAAUCGCAUCAGGAUGCCAGAAAUGGCUUCCGUUUGCAAUUGUCUGCUUCAAAUGAGUAUGUUAGCAAUAGUGCUAGUAAUAAUAACAACAACAACGAUAACAACAACAGCAACAGCAAUAAUUACAGCAACAACAAUAGCGACAUUCUAGUUGACAGUGACAGUAACAUUAACAGUAGCAGCGACAAUGCGAACCACUACGUAAACACACACAAUGACAUAAACAGCAACAGCAACAACAACAACCAAAAUGGCGAAUAUGUCCACUCGAUUUCUACACGCAGCAAAAGUGCUGAUGCCUUGAACUCCUUACUUUUACCAAGUGUUUCUGAAUAUGAACCAAAUGAAAAUGAGUUGGAAGUUGAUUUACCCUAUGGUAUACAAAAUGUACGAAAACGCAGAAUUCGAGGUAGUCCAAGCUACGAACAUCGCGGCAAGGGUAUAACGUAUCAAUCUUUGUGCCCAACUAAACGUAUUUCAAUUCCUUUGGAAACAUUGGGUUAUGAGUACCGACCAAAUCAUUACAUCGAAGUCACAUGUGCUCACAACUACUCACCAGUCUAUAAUCAUGACUUUAACAAAAACAGAAUUUGUUCAGAAGCUGGGUUUUCCUGCAUACAGCUCAAUCGCACAAUACAUUUAAUACGACGCAAUAAAGUCUCGUCUAUGGAGUGUUGGGAGUCCGAAAUUCGUAUUGUGCCCUCUGGUUGUGAAUGUAUGUGGCCAAAACAUAACUAUGGAGAUAUUGUAACCUACCAUGAUGCAGAGAAACGCUUUGAUCCACUGGCAAAUGUGGAGCCCAAUGCUGAUUACCAAGUCGGUGAGGGUUUUAUGCAAAUACCGCGACAAAUUGAAUUAGUUGGGCUUGACGGAACACGAAGGGAGGAAACAGAUGGCAUUGGUUUUGAGGCAUAUGAAGUAAAUUAACAAUUGAAUAAAUAAAUUAGUGAUUAUUAAAAUGUAUUAAAUUUAGUUAUGACAAAUUAUGUAAAAACGUAUUUAGAUAGUAAAUAAUAAUAAAUUAUAUUAUA